AUCGGCGACCGUGGACAAAACGCACGAGGAUGAGCUUUUCUACAUUGAAAUAGAGUGUUUUUGAUAUUUUAUCAUUAUAAUACGCGCACGGACAACUUUAUUAAUUCCCGGAGAACGAGAGAAACCAGACCAUGGGUGACUUUUCGUCUCUGGGUUUGUCGGAGUGGUUGGUCAAACAGUGUAAACAGCUGGGAAUCAACAAACCCACUCCUGUCCAGGAAAACUGCAUGCCAGCGAUAUUAGAAGGCAGAGACUGUAUGGGCUGUGCCAAGACUGGAAGCGGGAAGACAGCAGCGUUUGUGUUGCCGGUGCUUCAGAAACUCUCAGAGGACCCGUACGGCAUCUUCUGCCUGGUGCUCACUCCUACCAGGGAGCUGGCUUAUCAGAUCGCAGAGCAGUUUCGAGUCUUGGGGAAGCCUCUGGGUCUGAGAGACUGCAUUAUCGUCGGUGGAAUGGACAUGGUGACUCAGGCUCUGGAGUUGUCCAACAAACCGCACGUGGUCGUUGCGACGCCGGGCCGUCUGGCUGAUCACAUCCGCAGCUCCAACACCUUCAGCAUGAGCAAGAUCCAGUUCCUGGUGAGUCCGGGAAGCCCCAAUAAAUCUCUCAAAUGUCCUUUCAUGAACAUAUUUGCGCGAUUUGCUUUGUGGUCUCCGCUUGUGUCGUCUUCGUCUUUUCGUCAGAUUUUGGAUGAAGCCGACCGGCUGCUGGAGCAGGGCUGCACCGACUUCACCAAAGACCUGGAGGUGAUCCUGGGAGUCCUGCCAGCCAAGCGCCAGACGGUGUUGUUCAGCGCCACACUGACUGACACCCUGCAGGAGCUGAAGACCAUCGCCAUGAACAAACCUUUCUUCUGGGAGAGCACAUCAGAAACGCGCACAGUUGACGAGUUGGACCAGAGAUACAUCCUCACUCCGGAGAAGGUGAAGGACGCCUACCUGGUCCACCUGAUCCAGAAGUUUACAGACGAACACAACGACUGGUCCAUCAUCAUCUUUACCAACACGUGCAAGAGCUGCCAGGUCCUCACCAUGAUGCUGCGGGAAUUCAACUUUCCAACAAUCUCCCUGCACUCCAUGAUGAAACAGAAACAACGAUUUGCAAACCUCGCCCAGUUCAAGGCCAGCGUCUACAAAAUCCUGAUUGCAACGGAUGUAGCUUCUAGGGGUUUGGAUAUUCCAACCGUCCAGGUUGUCAUUAACCAUAACACCCCCGGGCUUCCCAAGCUCUACAUCCACAGAGUGGGACGAACAGCGAGAGCAGGCAGGAACGGAGUGUCCAUCACGCUGGUGACGCAGUACGACAUCCACCUGGUUCACUCCAUCGAGGAACAGACACAGAGCAAACUGAAGGAAUAUCCUGUGGAGGAGAAAGAAGUCCUGAAGAUCCUCACACAAGUCAACGUGACCCGACGGGAGUGUGAAAUAAGACUGGAGUCAACAGACUUUGAUGAGAAGAAGGAGAUCAACAAGAGGAAACAGCUGAUUCUGGAGGGGAAGGAUCCAGAUCUGGAGGCCAAGAGGAAGGCGGAGCUGGAGAAGAUCAGGGGCCAGAAGAAGAAGUUCAAACAGAAAAUUCAGGAGAGCAUCCAGAGACAGAAACGAGGAAGUCAGAAAAAGAAACAGAUGAAAAAGAAAAAGGCGGAGCAGACAACGGCGUGAAAACCGCCUCGUGUUUAUACUCCACAGUUUGUACAAUACUUGUAAUAUUUGUUGCACCUGCGAAUAAAUUUAAUGCAAAAAAAAAAAAAAACAGCAGCUCAAGUUGACAGCGUUUAUUGAUUCAGUCCAACAAGGAAAUCAGCAUCUUGUGAUGAAACGUCACUGCAAAUAAGACGACAUAUGCAUUUACAUCACAUGGCUAAACUUAACCUCCGCCUCACGAUAAAGAGAACCCACGGUUUGGAUGCAAAUCUUUCAGCAACUAAUCUACAACUGAAUCACUGCACGUGUUGCAAUUGAUUGUGGCUCAGAAGAUGGAAAAGACAUCAAAGCAAUAAUAAUAUUACGGCAGCGGGGGGUUUAUUUUAAAGCUAUAUAACGUUAGAAGUUCAGUGGUUUGAUGCGUUAACUCACCGCACAAAUGAGAGAUUUCGCACAAUGUCCAAAAAACAACGAAACGAAACGGAAGAACGGAACUACAUCUAAGUCGAUUAAACGUGUACUCGCAACAUGAUUGUCUGCCGAAAUGAGAAGCGGGUGAGAAAACAACAGCGGAGUACAUUCUUACUGUGUCCAGAAAGAGUUACAAAAACUACAAUCCCUCAGACAGUUUGAAGAGAUACAAAAAAAAAAGAAAGAAAGAAAGCAAACGGCAUCCGCUCCAUUCCUGCAGUAAACGAGAUGCUACAAAACAAGACGGAUUUUUAAUAGACACA